AUGGUGUUGCAGGUGUUUGCAGUUGUGUUCGGAUCUUUGCUUGUUGCAGGUGAGUUGAGCUUACAUUGUAAACAGCACUUUCAAGAAGUUCCUAAAGACACAAAUGUGAUUCGUGGGCAGACUGCAGUGCUUAGGUGCGUCAUUGGAGACAGAAAGGGAGCCGUACAAUGGACCAAGGAUGGAUUCUCAUUGGGCUUUAACAGAACAAUCCCAGGCUACGACAGGUACUCAGUAACUUCCAGCCAUGAAAAUGAGUUCAGCCUGAUGAUUGUCAAUGCUCACCUGGAGGAUGAUGCAGUCUAUGAGUGUCAGGUUUUGCCUCGAGGAGGUGAUGAUAAACUGCAGGCCAGGGCAUCACUCACAGUUUUAGUGCCUUGUGAACCUCCAGUGAUAUUAGGCUACAGCAAUGGUUCCACGGUGGAGGUUCCUUUCACUCAGCAGUCGCUGGAACUCGUCUGUGAAGCUCGUAAGGGUCGUCCAGCAGCUACCAUAGACUGGUACCGCAAUGGAGUUAAGAUCAUGGAUGGGGUUCGAUAUGGAGUGGAAUCCAUCGCUGAUGACAAGAGAGAGACAGCUCGCAGCACAAUCUCCAUCUCAUUGUCCAACAGCAAGGUGGAGAACGGGGCUGUUUACCGGUGUCAGGCUCGCAACAGUGCAGUGUUUGGACCACCACUGACCACCUCCGUAACACUGAGUAUUUUACUUCCCCCAGGGCCACCAGAGCUCUCUGGAUAUGACGACAAAGUCGUCAACAUCAAUGAAACAAUGGUUUUAAGGUGCUCUUCUAAGGGAGGCAAUCCUGUUGGCACUGUCACCUGGUACCGCAACAACGAACCAGUGGACUGGAGUUUCACCAGUGGAGGCAAUCGGGCCAUCAAUGAGUACAUAUUUCAGGUCACCUCCUCUGACAACCUGGCCGUCUACAAGUGCCAGGUGACUAACUUGGUAGCCACUGAGCCCUUGACAGCGGAAUACAAAUUGAAAGUGAACUUCCCCCCAGCAUUUGUGAAGAUAUCAGGAGCAGAUGAACCAGUCCAGGCUGGAAAAACUGUGCCUUUGACCUGUGUUUCAUCCAACUCCAACCCUAGGGCUACAAUAACCUGGUUUGCUAAAAAUAGGCAGUUGCCAAAGAGUGAAGUCAUAGAGACAUUCAGCACAUCUCCAGAAGGGGGCUACAUCACCAGGUCAGAGGUGAGGGUCACGGUCAGUCACCAGGACCACAAUAGUGUAUUCACUUGCCAGGCAAACAACCCUGAGUUUGGCCAGACGGUUGCUGACACGCUGACCCUGAGUGUGUUGUAUCCGCCCAAUCAGCCGGAGAUCAGUGGCUACAGGGACUCCAUGAGGGCCGGAGACCUGGAAAGAAUGACCUGCUUGUCUGUGGGUGGUAACCCUCUUGCUGACCUAAAGUGGUAUAAAGGUGACACACUUAUUCGGGAGGCAGUUUACAAGUCUAUUGGAAAUGUGGCUCACUCAGAGAUCGCAAUAAUGGUGAAGGCUGAUGACAACGGAGCCACAUACAAGUGUAAGGCUAGCAACAAGGCCACUGUCAUCCCACUGGAGACCAGCGUGAAGCUCAACAUUCAUUUUCCCCCCUCACAGGUCACCAUCACUAUUAGCCCCUCCCAGCCCAAAGUCGGCCAGCAGACAGAUCUGACCUGCGUCUCCUCAUCAAGCAACCCGCCUGCAGAAAUCAUGUGGGUCAGGAAUGGGCGGCAUGUAUCAGGCACCGAUCUGGGUACCAGCGAAGCUGAAAAUGGUGGUAAGAACACGACAAACCGCUUGCGGAUUUCCCCAACUUCCAAGGACCACAAUGCUGUUUAUGGUUGCCGAGCAACUAAUCGGCUGCUAGAUCAAAGUGUCAAUGAUGCAGUGACUUUGGACGUCUUGUUUAAACCAGAGUUUGAUAAGGACACAAUACCAGAUAAAGUUGACGCAAAGAAUGGCGAGAGCACCAGUUUGAACCUCACCGCAUAUGCUAAUCCACCUGAUGUAGUGUAUACGUUAUACAAGGAUGGGGUUCCGUAUAAUCUUCCACCACGCUACACCCUGAGCAGUGGGAUCCUUAACAUUACAACUGUGAGAAAAGAGGACAAGGGGGAGUAUAUGAUCAAGGGAAGCAACAAUCAAGGAUUUGCUACUUUCAAUUUUACUCUCAAUGUGAAAUAUGCGGCAGAAAUCAUCAACUUCACCAACAGGCUGGCUCUGAAUGAAGGGGACACAGCAGUUUUAUUUUGUAAAGUGGAUGCCAACCCCUUGACCUCUAACAUUAUCACCUGGUCCAGGGAAGAGUUUGAGAUGAACCGCACCAAGGCCCGGACAGAGGGUGACACAUCUUAUCUGACCAUUGCCAACCUGACCAGGGAGGAUAGUGGCACAUUCAAGUGUACUGCAGACAACAGGGUGGGGUCUCCUGACACUAAAAGUGCCAAACUGGUGGUUCGAUUUUCACCAACAAUUGACAAGUCUCCAGAGUUCAGCCGUUCUGCUGGUGAGAAGGGCAGUACCGUUAGCCUUAUAUGCAAAUACCAAGGUGCCCCUGAGGUCACUGUCACAUGGAGCAGAAACAGUAUCCCCAUCCGGUCAAACAACAAAUACAAAGUGACAAGUGAAAAAUCUGGCCAAGUGAAAUCUGAAAGCUCCCUGAGAAUACGGGACUUGGAGGCUGACGAUUAUGGAACUUAUACGUGCACUGCCUCAAACAGCAAGGGCAGCGACUCUCACAGCAUUACUUUGACAGGAACUAGUAAGCCUUACACGCCCUACAACAUUGAGUUUGUGAAUGCCACCUCAAACAGCAUCACCUUGACUUGGAAACCAGGCUUUGAUGGGGGCCUGAGUCAGUCCUUCAGGGUCAGGUACAAACCUGUGGAUGCUGUAGGGUACAUUUACGUAGAUGUACGGCCAUACGGAGCAACAACGUACAAGAUUAAAGGUUUGGAGCUGGCCACAGAAUAUGAAAUUACUGUUCUAGCUUUUAAUGACCGGGGAGAAAGUCCUUACCAACCUAAAGGAAUUGUUGCCAAAACUUCAGCAGUGCAGUCACCAGCUGACAUAUCCACAUCAGAACUCCAGGGCACAGACGAGAUACCUGUCAUUAUUAUACUGGUGGUGUGUAUUGUGGGCGUUUUUAUACUGACACUCAAUGUGGGUCUUAUCCUCUUCUUCAUUAGACGACGAAAGAAAAGACUUGAAGGAGCACACGAUCUGGCAAACCACACAAACACAUUUGAACUCUACGGCAGCACAAAUAAAGGGGAUCACACUCUGUACCCACCACCUUCAGAUGACACCCGCAGUUAUGGAACUUGUGACAAGAGCAUGGAUGACUUCUCCGAUGAGUACAUUCGAGACUACGAUUAUGACAGCCACAUAUUUUUGCCUCCACAGUCAGACUACCCGGUUCCCAGACCGUACAGCCCUCACAAAAUAGACUCUCCCAGACUUGGUGGUAGUCAUAAGAUGACCUACAUUCUGGAUGAUCAUCCGGUCAGUCACUACUCUUGGAAGGAAGAUCCAUACAGAGUAGCAAACCCCCGACAUAAAAGAGGCAACUAUGAGAAUGAAGAACCAAAUGGAGACAUCUAUGAAAUCAAACCCAGAGGAAAGGACCUAAAUGAACUGUCUGACCUCUCACCAAGCCGUCCUUCCAGCAGAGCAGGUAAAACCCCUCCACCCCCUCCCACUCGCUCCACAAGCCGUGGUGGGUUCGGUGCUGGGGAGAUGAUACCUCCACUGCCUGCUCGGAACUAUGAACCUCAGGAAAUCUUAUCACAACCACGAUAUGGCCCUACACCAGGAUCAACAUCCUUGCUGUCACCAAACAUAGUCACCAACCCUAGCUACAGCGGCCCGGUCUACACCAGCAAUACCAGCAUUAGUCACAGAGUCAUAUCACCCCACGCCCACCAGCCGUCCCCUCACAACACUGUCCCCAUCGGUGCUGAACACAGAGGACACCUAGUCUAA